AUGAAGGCCACCCAGCAUUAUCACACAUCCCCAAUCCCAUCCUUUGAAGAUCUGCGAUUAAUUGGAGCGACUAUUAGCAGAUGCAAUCAUUUCACAACUACCAUUUCGUACGUGGGCACCUGGCAGCAGGGAAAUCCCGCCGAAUCCUUUCUAAAUAAUUGGACUGCACUCUGCAUUCGACAACCGCGUCUCCUCCCUUGGCCCUCUGCCGACUUCUCGGCCAGCGUCGAAGUCGAGUUGACUUCGCAGAGCGCCGAAAGUGCAAGCGCGGGCUAUAAAACCGCGGGCCAGGCCAGAAGCCACAUCAUUCAGCCCCCAGCACCGUUUCUGCAAAGAACUAACCCACAAACCAAAAAAAAUAAACUCCUAAAAUGGCAUUCAAGUUCGUCUUCGCCCUCGCCUUCGUUGCCGUGGCCAGCGCCGGUUACGCCCCCAUCGCCGCCCCCCCAGGUGUACCACGCCGCCCCAGCGGUGGCCACCUACGCCCACGCCCCCGUGGCCGUGGCCCAGAAGGUCGUGGUCAAGGCCGCCGAGGAGUACGACCCCCAUCCCCAGUACCGCUUCUCGUACGGAGUCGACGACAAGCUGACCGGCGACAACAAGGGACAGGUGGAGGAGCGCGACGGCGAUGUGGUCCGCGGAGAGUACUCCCUGAUCGACGCCGAUGGCUACAAGAGGACCGUCCAGUACACCGCCGACCCCAUCAACGGAUUCAACGCCGUGGUGAACCGUGAGCCCCUGGUCAAGGCCGUCGCCGUUGCCCCUGCUGUGGUGAAGACCAUCGCCGCUCCCGUUGCCCACUAUGCCGCCCCUGCCGUUGUGAAGACCGUGGCUCCAGUGGCUCACUAUGCCGCCCCCGCUGCCUACACCUCCUACGCCGCCCCUGCCGUGGUCAAGACCUUGGCACCAGUGGCUCACUAUGCUGCCCCCGCUGUGGUCAAGACCGUGGCUCCAGUUGCUCACUAUGCCGCCCCUGCUGUGGUGAAGACUGUGGCUCCAGUGGCCCACUACGCCGCCCCCGCUACCUACACUUCGUACGCCGCCCCUGCUGUCGCCUACCACCACUAAGAACUGCCAUGCCCCAUUAGCACAGCCCCUUAUUGUUAUAGUUUUACGAACGACCCCUAAAAAUAAACAUAUAUUCGUCAUUUAAA